GAGUGCGACGAUCCUUUUCCGUACUAUAACCUCAAUUUCUCCGAGCUCUGACUGUAAUGUCUGUAAACACGAACGUACCGGCACGGCAUUGCGUGGCAUCUUAGCGUGUCGGCUUCCAAAAGUAACGUUUAACACUCUAGCCACAGUAUAUUUUACAGUACAUUUUAUCGCGACAUUAAUCGACCGCGCUGUUAAAGUACGACAUAACAGCGAUUUAACGAGAAAUUUGAGAAUGAGGUUAGAAAAGUUGGUUAGGUUAACCAAAGUGUGUCGGUCACGUCGAGGAUGCGUUUGACGUGGCGUUAAUUUUAAUAGUCGCGCGUUUUUAUCGAGGUGUCUCACCGAGUUUCACGAGCGAUCUGGGUCUACGUUUUUUUUAAACGACCAUGAGUGUCGCGUCUCGGCUCAGUAACGUGAGAAUGAACUACAAGAUGUUCAUGCCCUUCACGUUGAUUAUAUUUUUCACGAGCACCGUAAUGCUCUUCGUGUAUCUGAAUCGUAUCCAACCGGAUUAUUUCAUCGAUGAGGCUUUCCACAUACCUCAGACAUUACGAUACUGCGCGUGGAAUUUUACGCAGUGGGAUCCUAAAAUCACCACGUUGCCGGGCUUGUACCUUAUUACCACCACGAUAUUAUCGCCCUUUAAUCUUUGCGAGGUCACGUACGUGAGGUGUAUAAAUUUACUUGGGACGUGCAUAAAUCUCUAUCUUCUUUACAAUGUUAUAAAGGUGAAUUGUAAGUCGAACGAUAGGGAUCGAUGGAGCAGUUGGUUGAUACUCGCGUUGGCGUACAAUCUCACGCUCUUCCCGCCCUUGUACUUUUGGAGCUUCUUUUAUUACACGGACGUUGUGUCCACUAACGUGGUGCUCUUAAUGAUGUAUCUGCACCAGCGUAAGCACACGACGAUGACGGCCCUUGCAGGUUUACUAGCCGUGCUUGUUCGUCAGACGAACAUCAUUUGGCUGGGUUUCUUUACCAUAGAGCGCGCAUUAGAUAUAUUUGGCCGCAGGAUGGAGCAGCCCGUCCCGCCUGGAGUGUUCAGUACUCCGUUACACUUUCGUUUAAUUUGGAGGCAGAUAGUGUACGAAUUUCGCAUAGGUCCUCAGGCCUUCCUCAAGUUCGUCGCGCAGGUGUGCGCUAGUCUACUUCCCUAUCUAACGGUAUGCCUCAUGUUCGUCGCUUUUGUCACGUGGAACGGCGGCAUAGUGAUAGGCGAUCGUACCGCCCACGUCGCGACGGUUCACCUCUGUCAGAUACUCUACUUCUCCGCCUUCGUCUCCCUGUUCUCGUGGCCGUACGUGGUGCCGCACUGGCGAACGUGCUCGCAAUUCCUACGUCGGCACUGGAUCCUCGCGGGUUGCGCGAUCGCGCUAACGGCCGCGACGAUACGCUUCAACACGCUCGUUCAUCCGUACGUUUUGGCCGACAAUCGGCACUACUGGUUCUACGUGUGGAAUCGAUUCAUGGGCCGACACGCGGCAUUCAGAUACUUACUGAUACCGAUUUACGGCGCGAGCCUGUUCGCCAUGUCGCGAAACAUCGCUCAUCUGCGAUUUCUCACGCAGAUUAAUUACGUUAUUUGCGUGAGCGCGAUGCUGGUGCCGCAGUUGCUCGUAGAACCGCGUUACUUCAUCCUGCCGUACGUGUUUUACCGUUUGAAUAUGAAAAGGCCGGGGAGGUGGCAGAUCUGUUGCGAAUUGCUCACGAUCCUCGCGAUCAAUUGCCUGCAAUUUUUUAUUUUCGCCAGCAAAGUGUUCUACUGGGAGGAUCAGCCGUAUGCCCAGCGAAUUUCGUGGUGACACUUACCACGUAAGAAUAUACGAAAUAAAAAAUAUAUUUGACUUCCAUGUAAAGUGUUCGAUGCCUUCCUCCGCGUUUCUUUUCCUACGCGCGAUAAUGUCGAUUUAGGAAGACCGGAUUUAAAAAGGGAGGGUAAUUGGAAGAAAAAGAUAAAUAAUGUUACUUGGAACAAUAGUUUAUUGUUCAUAACUGAAACUUGUGGCAAAACUGCUAGAUGAUUUUGUACAGCAACAGCUUGUCAAUUUGUAAUUUCACGGCACGUAUAUUAUCGUCAGCGCACAAUAUAUUAAACGUAUUCGAUCGACGACCGAGAACUUUUUAUUCCUAUUUUUUUUUAUUACGCCCCUUCGUAUCGUUAUUUUGCCAUGUUAUAAUUUUUCUUAUCGAAUAUAAAUGUUGCGCGUAACGGUAUAGUAAAAGGUACCGAGAUGCAAUCUGCGAAUCUUCUUCACUUAUUCUAAACUUCUUUUUUUAUUUAUACAAUAAAGAACUGUGUCUUGAGAAAAUCAGGCCUGACACAAAAAUGUCGUUAAAAAUAAAAAUAGAAAAAGUAUUAUGUUCGUACAAUUUUGAGUUUGUACUUCGAAUUCGCAAAUAUACUACUAUUAAAAAAAGUACAAAUUAAAUAAUUCGUAUAACGAGUAGAAAAUAGCGAAGGAAAUAUGUGUGCACUGUAAUUCUCACAUUCCAUGAAAAACUGCUCCCAUUCUCUCCGGACUUCUUUUCGGACCUGGGUGUGAUAUGAAUAUACACGUAACAAAAGAUAUUAAUUAUCUCGUUUAGAAACAAAGAUUUGUAUGUACAACUUCCGGCUUGCGCAUAUACACUCAGCCUCUGGAUUGCCGGAAAUUUGAGCAUUACUCGCGACGGAGGAGCGUCUUUUCGUCCACCUCCUGGGUCGCGUAGAAGCGAUACUAUAAAACAAAUAUCGUAUAUCACAAACGGUCUCGAAUCAACGCGCUAAGUACUCUCUAGGAUUUCUCAAAAUUAAAACUAAGACGCCUUACUUCCUACAUGCUUUUUAAUAAAACAAGGAUAAAAUCGUUCACCUAUCUAUUUCUCUUCCUCUUUCUCUCUCUUUCUCUCGCUCGCUCUUUCGCUUCCUUUCUCUCUUUCUCUCUCUCUCUCUUUCUACAAUCUAACUGCGCGAGAAUCGCACAUAUUGCUUGUCGUAAGUUUAUUGCGGACCGUAUCCAUAUAAAUAAAUCUGAAACGCAAA